AUAUGCGCAAUUUUCGUUGUCCGACUCCCCGCUUCUUGUCUUCUCGAAUGUAUGUAACUGUAGUCUGUAGUCGGAGUAGGAGCAGAGAAGAGAAGAGGAGCAAGCGGAAGCUAAGAUGUUUGAAUGAAAAUGUGGCGAAGACUUUCGAUCGACCAGCAUUUGAGGACGAUGGUGUUUCGAUCAUCUUCUUCUCGUUACUCUUCAAUGGCUUUGGCUCUGAACAGACAAUUAUCUCGCGCAAACCCUUGCCCUGUAGCUCCAAUCUCUUUUCACUAUCUCUCCUUUACGAAAACCCUAGAUUUCCAGCGAAACGUUAUUUCUUUGAUACUAAAGCAUAGAAUUCGUAGUUUCAGUUCUAACCGCAUGGGCCUUGUUAUCGUUCGAUGCCUCUCCUCGACUCCUUCUACACGCACAGUGGACUGGAACGAUCCAGUUUCUUGCUCUGAGGCUGAUGAUGGAUACGACAGUAAUGGAAACGAGGCGGAGAUGAGACCAUCUAUUUCUGUUAGAGCUUAUUUCUUAUCCACAAGUGUUGAUUUAAGAAGCCUAGUUGACCAGAACAAAGCUAAUUUCAUUCCACCCGCAUCCCGUAUGACAAAUUAUGUGGUCCUUAGAUUUGGAGGCACUAAACUUGAUGCAAAUGGAUCAGAGGCUAGCUUAAGUGGGAGUAGUUGCUGCUACAUGGUGGUUUUUCAGUAUGGAUCUAUGGUGUUAUUUAAUGUUUGUGAUCGUUAUGUUGAUGCGUAUCUGAAGAUUGUAGAAAGACAUGCUUUAGGAUUACUUCCAGAGAUGCUAAGGGAUGAGUACGAGGCGAGGGAGAAGCCAACUUUAAACACAUGGAUGCAAGGUGGGUUGGACUACAUAAUGUUGCAGUAUUUGAACAUUGAUGGAAUUCGUAUUAUUGGUAGUGUGCUUGGACAAAGUAUUGCUCUUGAUUACUAUGUUCGCCAGGUUGAUGGAAUUGUUGCUGAAUUUACUGACAUAAAUCGUGGGAUGGAAAAAACUGGUACCUUUACAAUGGAAGAGAAAAAACUUUUUCAACUAGUGGGGAAGGCAAAUUCGAACCUAGCUGAUGUGAUUCUUAAACUUGGACUUUUCGAGAGAUCAGAUAUCGCUUGGAAAGAUGCUAAGUAUGCUCAAAUAUGGGAGUAUCUUCGAGAUGAGUUUGAAUUGACUCAGAGAUUUGCCAGCCUUGAUUUUAAGUUGAAAUUUGUGGAGCAUAAUAUACGUUUUUUGCAAGAAAUUCUUCAAAACAGGAAAUCAGAUUUUCUGGAGUGGCUUGUCAUCAUAUUGAUUGGUGCUGAUAUUCUCAUCUCUGUUUAUGAUAUUGCACAUGAGUCAGCAAUUACUGCACUUUAGCAUUUCUAGAUGCUCAAAACUAUAUUGAGUGCAGAAUUAGAUUGAAGGUAAGAAAUGCAGCAAUUUGACUCAAUAUCUGAUUUUUGCUGCUUUUUUGCAGUUUACUUUGCAUUUAGACUCUCAUCCAGAGAAUAUGUAGAAUAUGUUGGUGUUCAUGUUUCAUUUUGUA